CGAGGAAACGGUGGAGUUGGAGCAGUGUGGGACCAGCACAGCCUCUGGAAUCAAUGAGAGCCUCUUCUUCCUCUUGCACACAAGUGUUAAAAAAAAAGUGCAAUUAGCAACAAAUCUUGCAAAUCCACACCCCCCACUUGCUCCUGAGCCAUACAAUACAAAAAAAAAGUCGCUUUUUUUAAUUUUUUCUUUCCAAUCAUGGCUGGUGUGAACCCCGAGGCAGGAGGGUGGAAGGCUUAUCCUUCUGUUAUGGAGACUGCUCUUGGUAGUAGUGGUGAUGGAAGGCGUGGCCAUAACAUGAAUGAUGAUGGGUCGGUGAUGCAUUUCUCUGCUACAAGGCCAGUGGCAGUGCCAUCAUCUGGACAGAAUAAAGUAGUUCCUAGUCCAACUCAGUUUAGCAUCCUCUACAAGGGGAAAAUGUGUAUCUAUGAAGGAAUUCCUGCAGAAAAGGUGCGUGAAAUAAUGUUGAUUGCUUCUGUCUCUGCUAAGUCUGCUGAAAUGAAGAGUGGGAUACCCUUGACUUCAUUCAUUCCCAAAAGCCCUUCUUCUUCACAGGGAAACUCUACUAAUUUGCCUUCACCACAAUCAGUCAAGAGUUCCAUUCGCAGGCUGCAAGAUGAAUUUCCACUAGCCCGAAGGCAAUCACUUCAAAGAUUUCUUGAGAAGCGAAUAAACAGGUUGGCUAACAGAUCCCCUUAUGCCUUAACAAAAAAAGUGAUUCACAACAUAGACAACAACUUUUCUCCUGACGACACGCCAGAUUUUGGUUCCUUGAACUUGAACUUUCUUUAAGGCAACUAGUGUUGGUUCUGCUCUAUGUGAAGUGGUACUUUCUGGAAUAGCAUUUGCAUGCAUGUAGAACCAAAGAAACUAAUAUAACUAUGUUAUUGCUCUCGAGACCAUAUUUUAUGCCUAAUUAGUGAACUUGAAUGUGUCAACUAUGACAUGAAAGUUGGGUUAUUUUGGAUUAUAAUGCGUAGAAAAUAUUCAUUAUGCUCAGAAAACCUGCCCCUUUUAAAUGUUAUUCGUAGACCUUAAUGUAUUUGGACAAAUUGAUUAUCGAUUGUGUUGUAACAUCAAAGUUGCUUCGUAUUUUGGCUGUUC